AUGUUUGACAAAAGGACGGCGCAGAAGCCUGGCGCAGAGCUGAUCGGGGAUUUUCGAAAGAAGUUUUCACAUGUCAUCGCAGACCCCUUUCUCACGCAACAGGCACCACUCGAACACGCCGAUGCGAAGCUCGCAAAUCAUCCCAUACUUCCAUCACAACAAUAUCACCCCCAGUUCAACCAUCACGCGGCGAAUCCGAACGUAGUUGACUAUGUCGCUCCUUCGGCUCUGCAAGGCGGCCUUCUUACUCCCACUGCUAAUCAGAUGUGCGCCGUAGUCCAUAGUCCUGCAGGGGACCUUCACACCCCAACUGUAGAAUGGAAUCUGGCCAGCACGCCUUGGAUAUGGGAUCAGAUGGUCAGCGGACAGUCAGAGCUUCAGGACCAACAACAACCACCGCCACCACCUGCGCAACAGCAACUACAUGGACACGCGGCGACGGCAACCCGAGGCUUGGCGGGCAUGCAGUCGCAAUACCAGCAUCAUCUGUUUCAGAACAUGGACCCGUUUGCAUCAAACCACAUACUACCGAGCAACGUCUCGUUCGGGGCAAACUCAGACUACGAUCCAUUGGAUACGGCAAGCCAUCGAGAUUCAUUUACAGAGYUGUUGGGACAUGUCGCACAGCCUCUCCUGCCGGUGGCCUCGGACGCGGUCGACCGCGCCGACUUCCCCUCGAAGCCAGAGACUCCAUUCCGCUACCGUGUCACUCUCCACGCUCCCACCGCUAUCGCGGAUCAUGCGCAUGAACCGCCAGUCACCUAUCUCAACAAGUCCCAGGCAUACUCGGUAUCCAUUGUCGACUCUACACCCCCAGCGCACGCCACACAACCCGUCAAAUAUCGCACGAGUGUGAGAAUCACCUUUGAGGAACCGGCACACCGAUCGAACCCAGCGCGGUGCUGGCGACUCUGGAAGGAAGCGCGAGGGGCGGUCGAGGCGCAGCAACGAGGGGGGAAGAUGCGAGCGUUGGAGUUUGUGGACCUGCGUAUGGGAUCGAAGAAGAACGCAGCGCGUCUCAAAAAGGUGGACAGCGCCUCGUUUGACGGGUUCUCUGUAACCUGGACGAGCACUCCGGAAGCCGGUUCUUCCGAGUGCGUGGUCAACGUUCGAUUGAACUUUCUGUCGACGGAUUUCAGUCUUUCCAAGGGUGUCAAAGGCGUUCCUACGAGAUUGUGCGUCAAGACGGAGAUGAUUGGCCUUGAGGAUGACACUCCUGGGCCGGGAGCUAGCACCGCAGCCGAGAUUUGCUACUGCAAGGUCAAGGUGUUUCGCGACCACGGAGCGGAAAGGAAGCUGUCCAACGAUGUGGCGCAUGUGCAGAAAGCGAUUCACAAGGUCGAACGGCAAAUCGCGCAGGGAGAUGUCGACGGCAUUAAUGGUCUGGGAAAGCGGAAACGGCGAAAGGGCGUGGGACACGGGCUGACCAAGAAUCAUACCGUAUCGAUGAGCCUAUCUCCCAGCCGUUCUAACAGUCUCACGGGCGUAGAUGAUCUGCACCGGGCCUUGUUCGAGCUGCGCAACCUCUUCUCGUCCUCCCAGCCAGUUAGCCUGCUCUCACUGCAAGGCGAUGUGCUGGACGAUCCGGAUCAAUCACCAGUUUCUCUACCUCGGGACUCGUCCACGCCUGUGUCUCUUGGACGCGACAGUGCGUCCGAAAAUGACGCAGGGGUCAACUUUCAUGGCGACCUGGUCGAACUUCCACGCCGUCAUUUCGGCCGACAAGCGAGUACCGUUGAGCCGAAGAUGGAAUCUCCUGAUCCGGGCCUCAGCGAUAUAAAUGGCCGAUCUUCUCCUGAGUGGGAUGCUGGUGAUCGGUCAUCCAGCCCUCGGCAUGUGGCAUGUUUCUAUGUUCGAUUUCAGGACAAACAGCAGCAGGAACCCUACUACCGUGCCGUAUACCUCACUGAGCGAACCGAAUCCGACUUUCGUGAUCAACUGUCCAAAAAAUACAACGUCCAGCCAGACCGUAUUCUCAGUGUCGUCCAUAUCAAUCCGAACAAUCUACGCGUCGCCGUCGAUGAUGACGUCGUGGGAGCAAUCCCCGAAGGACAGGAUAUGAUUGCCGAAUUUACCGAGAUUCCUGCUCCGUUGAGCAGCGAUGGACAGGACGACGGCAAGGGACAUAGCACCGGGUACGAAGUUCAACUGGCUUUUUGA